AUGAGCGCAGCAUCAUCUAUCUGGUCACACUCUAUCUCUAUCUCUAUUCUGCUAGCUCUCUCUUUUCUCAUCACCACCGUCGCAAGGCCCGCAACUCUGCCACCACCAUCACCCUCAUCACCUCAAGGUCUUCAGCAGAUACUCUCAAGAAAUGGUGCCCGAUCGACUACUCAAGAAUGGCGUUUCUUAAACAUGUCGCUGGCGUUAUUGGUACCAGAUAUCGUUGUUUCCGAACAUGGUACAGCAACAUUCCGAACAAUCACAGAAGCGAUUAACGCUGUUCCUGAUCGUAGUUCAAUGCGCACAGUGAUAUAUAUAAAAGCAGGCAAAUACGAAGAGAAGAACCUAGAGGUAGGAUCGGAGAAGACAAAUGUAGUAAUGAUCGGAGAUGGGAUCGGGAAGACGAUAAUUACCGGCCGCAAAAGCGUAAAAGGCGACAACAUAUCCACGUUCUACACGGCGUCUUUUGUUGCGACGGGUGAUGGAUUUAUGGCGACCAAUAUAACGUUUGAGAAUAGGGCAGGCCCGUACAAAGGCCAGGCAGUAGCUCUCAGGGUCAGUUCGAAAAGAGCCGUUUUCUACCGCUGUAGUUUCUUAGGCUAUCAAGAUACCCUCUACGUGCACAAGAAUGUUCAGUUUUUUAGAGAAUGUGAUGUCUACGGGACAACUGACUUCAUAUGUGGUGACUCGAGCGUCGUGAUCCAAAAGUCUCACAUUUACACUCGCGCACCAUUGGUUGGACAUCCCACCAUUAUCACAGCCCAGAAGCGGGAAAAGUCAAAUGAUACCACAGGUAUUAUUAUUCAUGAUUCUCGGAUUCUUCCCGAGCCAGAGUUCAUGCAAUCCAAGAAGAUCUUCCAAACCUAUCUUGGACGACCGUGGGCUAACCAUUCUCGAGUAGUGUACAUGUCUUGUUGGAUGGAUAAUCAUAUCAAUCCUCAGGGGUGGAUUCCUUGGAGUACUAUACCAAAUGAUACUGUCCCGGAUACUCUUUUCUAUGGUGAGUUCAACAAUUCAGGUCCUGGUGCUUCAGUGUUCCCCCGAGUAAACUGGACGAGCUACCAUAGGUUUACUACUCCGGAAGAAGUUCAGAAGUUCACCGUCAAUCAAUUCAUUCUUGGAUCGGCAUGGUUGCCUUUGACUGGAGUACCUUUUACUCCAGGAUUAUCAGAUUGA